AUGUCCGUCCUCAACAGCUCUGAAACUGAGAUCUCCACUUUCUAUUUGGUUGGGAUCCCAGGGAUGGAGUCUGCCCACGUUUGGAUCUCCAUCCCCAUCUGUCUCAUGUACACUGUCGCUAUUCUGGGGAACUGUACCAUCCUCUUUUUCAUUAAAACUGAGCCUUCUUUGCACGAACCCAUGUAUUACUUCCUCUUCAUGUUGGCCCUGUCGGACCUGGGGCUGUCCUUCUCUUCUCUGCCUACCAUGCUUAGGGUUUUCUUAUUCAACGCUACAGAUGUUUCCCCUAAUGCUUGUUUCGCCCAGGAGUUUUUCAUUCAUGAAUUCUCAGCUAUGGAGUCGUCUGUACUUCUUAUCAUGUCCUUUGAUCGCUUUGUUGCCAUCUGCAACCCUCUGAGAUAUACUUCCAUCCUGACCAUUUCCAGAGUUGCUCAAAUCGGAGUUGCUUUUUGUUUCAGGAAUGUUGUCUUUCUUUUACCUUUCCCUUUCACCCUGAAACGUCUGCACUUCUGUAACAAGAACCACCUAACCCAUUCUUACUGCCUCCAUCAGGAUGUCAUGAAGCUGGCCUGCUCUGACAACAAGGUCAAUGUCAUCUAUGGCUUAUUUGUGGCUCUCUUAGGUUUCCUGGACAUAGGAUUUAUUUUCUUGUCCUAUGUGCUGAUACUGAAAGUAGUGUUGAGCAUAGCAUCGCAGAAGGAAAGGCUCAAGGUCCUCAACACCUGCGUCUCCCACAUCUGUGCUGUGCUUAUCUUCUACGUGCCUAUAAUCUCCCUGGCCAUCAUCCACCGGUUUGGCAAACACAGUUCUGUACUAAUUAGGAUCCUGUUGGCUGAUGUUCUGCUGCUGGUGCCUCCGCUCAUGAACCCCAUCGUGUACUGCGUGAAGAGUCAGCAGAUAAGGAAGCUGACCUUAGAGAAAGUGUGUCUGAAGCAAUGUUGA